AAAUCGAUUACCGGCACGAUAACGACUUACACACAGACGCGAAAUUGUUAAACAAAUACGGGCUCAUCGUUCCAUGGCCGAUACAAAAUCCGGCCGUCAUGCAAGCACCAGCGCUGCAACUCCACUGCUCGUGCAGAGCCCCGAGAACCUGGAAUGCAAGAACUUUCAGGAAUAUCUGCGCACCCGCCAGACACCUGAAACAUUGGAGAAACUCUACACUUAUCCACCCAUUUGCCUAGCUGUCUACCGCGAGCUGCCCGAAGUCGCAAGACAAUUUGUCAUUCGUAUGCUGUUCGUAGACCAACCCGUACCACAGGCUGUUGUCAGCUCAUGGGGCGCCCAACGUGUGGCCAAGGAGCAACUGGAUUCAACUAACUGCUUGUCUGCCUUAUCUGUAUGGCGUGUGACAGCCAUACCCGGUGGACUACCUGCCUGGGAACUAACACCCACAUUUAAGAAGAGCGUGCGCCAAGUGUUGUUAGGUGGAGGAAAGCCCUGGGCAAUCACCAAUUCACUCGAAAGGGACGCCAAGCCACGGGAUGUUGCAUUCCUUGACUCGUAUGCCAUGUCUCGGUGGCGUUGUGUGCUGCAUUACAUGGUGGGUACGGGCAAUCGAAAUAACAUCGAAGCUGAGGCCAUCAGUCCAGAUGCCGUACGUAUUCUACUCCAUGCUAAUCUUAUGAAGCGCGAUGAGCGGGAAGGCAUUACCAUUACACGUCAAGGAUUUCAGUUCCUGCUGCUGGACACACGAGCCCAGGUCUGGCAUUUUAUGCUGCAGUAUCUAGAUACGUGCCAUGAACGUGGCCUGGUCUUGGCCGAUUGCCUGUCUAUGCUCUUUCAAUUGAGCUUCUCUACGCUGGGUCGCGACUACAGCUCUGAGGGCAUGAACAAGCAGAUGCUGAUGUUUCUCCAGCACCUGCGGGAGUUCGGCCUGGUAUUUCAAAGGAAACGCAAGGAGCAUCGCUUUUAUCCCACGCGACUAGCGUUAAAUGUAACAAACAAGGAAGCGGCAGAAGCCUCAAUUUCGGCGGAUGAAGAGCGCAUGCAGGAGCGAGGCUACAUUGUGGUGGAGACCAACUAUCGCGUAUAUGCCUACACAGACUCUCAGUUGCAGGUUGCUGUGCUGGGCCUUUUCACCGAACUUCUCUAUCGGUUUCCCAAUCUCGUGGUGGGCGUGCUCACCCGAGACUCUGUGCGUCAAGCGCUGCGAGGUGGCAUUACGGCCGAGCAAAUAGUCAGCUAUUUGGAGCAGUAUGCACAUCCCAACAUGAAAUUGGUUGAGUCUGCAAUUCAAUCAAAAUCCUGCCUGCCACCCACGGUCGUGGACCAAAUCAAACUGUGGGAAAUGGAACGCAAUCGUUUCACCUACACCGAGGGCGUUGUCUACAAUCAGUUCCUCUCUCAGAAUGACUUCGUAACGCUGCGCGACUACGCCCAAUCCCUGAAUGUGCUGGUCUGGCAAAACGAGCGGACCCGGACCAUGGUCGUGCAAAAGAAUGGACACGACGAUGUCAAGCGCUAUUGGAAAAAGUACUCAAAGAGCGCCGGCUAACGCCAAACCAUUCUACUUCGUAUUUAAGCAAAUCAUUUAAUUUUACAAAUAUGCUAAGAGCGCGCUUGAAAGCAGUUGCCCUUUGUAACAAGC